CUGGUUAAUUAGUUUUCGAAACAGUCCGUUCUUCGCACCACUGCCAAAAUGUCCACCACCCUGCGACUUCUCUGCCUGAUGGCCUGCUGCAUUGCCCUGACCGUGGCCAAUCGUCCACACUACGGUGGAUCCGGAUACGGUCCCAGUUACGGAGAUGUGGUCAAGGCUGCCGAGACGGCCGAGGCCCAGGCAUCCGCCCUGACCAACGCCGCCGGUGCCGCCGCCUCCGCCGCCAAACUGGACGGCGCCGACUGGUAUGCCCUCAACCGAUACGGAUGGGAGCAGGGCAAGGUGCUCCUGGCCAAGCCAUACGGUCCUCUGGACAAGCUCUACGCCGCCGCCCUGCCCCCGCGGUCCUUCGUGGCCGAAAUCGAUCCAGUCUUCAAGAAGAGCAACUACGGUGGAGCUUAUGGCGAGAAGGCCGUUCUAAACACCGAAUCCAAAUUGGGUGUUGUGGCUAUCUAAUAUCUUAGCUUGUAUAGCUCCAGAAGUGUUAAUAAAAAGUGAUAGCUUAAUGAAAGAUA